AUGCUGCUAUCACCAGCAGAAAGAUCAUACUUGUAUGAUUCAUUAAUUCACACUCCGCCUAUAAGACCAGAUUCUCGAUCUCAACAUCAAUAUCGACCAUUGGAAGCCAAGACGUCAUUCUUACCGAGUUCAAAUGGAUCUGCAAGAAUAAGAUUAGCAGAUGGUAGUGAGUGUAUAGUCAGUAUUAAAGCUAAAGUGGUAUUAACUUCUGCGGAACCCAAUCUAAUUGAUUGUGAUGUUGAUGUGGUUGGAUAUCGUGAUGAUUCUAAUUUUGUUACAAAUUUACGAUUCCAUUUACUUAAUUUAUUGACUCAAAACUUUCCCCUGGAAGUAUUGAAGUUGACUCAAAAGUAUAGUUUUAAGUUGUACAUUGAUUGCAUUAUAAUUAGCCAUUCUUCAUAUCCAUUGAGUUUGAUUUCAUUGACUUGUUAUUUGGCUUUAAAAACAACAAGAUUGCCAUUAUUGAUAAGUGAAGUCAAUGAUGAAGAAAUCGCAGAGCAACCUACAUUCUCGGAUGAUUGGGAUAAUUCAACGUUUAUAAACCAGAAAUUCCCUGAGUUUCAACCCCCAAUCAUAAUUGGUUUAGGCGUCAUUGGGUCCAAUUUAAUUUUUGAUCCGUCAAUUGAAGAAGAGCAAGUAUUGGAAAAUGGGUUAAUGAUAAGUUUCUAUAGCAACAAGGUCAUAACUCCAGUUGCUAAUAUCAAUUUCUGUAUAAAUUCAAAUAAUUCAAACUUUAAAGGAAUGAAUCUGACCCGUUUGGUUCAGGCUAUGAAUUUAUGUAACAAGUAUUGUCCAAUGAUCAUUAAGGCUUUGGAUACAUUGAUAGAACAAGAUGAAGAAGAUGCCGCUGAUGCUUCAAUUUUUUAG